UCCAUAUCCAUAUUUAGAACACUCUUAAGCACCUUGUGAUGCCAGUCUAGUGGUAGUUAAUUCACUUAGUGAUUGCUUGUCUGAGAAAUAUUUUAUUCCUCCUUUGCUUAUGAAACUUAGUUUGCUGGAACAUAAAAUUCCUGAUUGGAAUUUCUUUCUUUUUUUUUUUUAAUCUCUUUUUUUGUUGUUGUUGAGAUGGAGUCUCGCUCUGUGGCCCAGCCUGGAGUGCAGUGGUGCAAUCUCAGCUCACUGCAACCUCCGCCUCCAGGGCUCAAGCAAUUCUCGUGCCUCAGCCUCUCGAGUAGCUGGGACUACAGGUGCGUGCUACCAUGCCAGGCUAAUGUUUUGUAUUUAAUAGAGGCAGGCUUUCACCAUGUUGCCCAGGGUGGUCUUGAACUCCUGAACUCAGGUGAUCUGCCCACCUUGGCCUCCCAAAAUGCUCGGAUUACAGGCGUGAGCCACUGCACCCGGCCUCUUUCUUUAAAAAUGUUAAAAACAGGCCCCCAAUAUCUUCCAGAUUGUAAGGUUUCUGUGGGAAGGUCUACUGUUUGAUAGAAUUCAUUUUUUAGGUAAUAUGGCCCUUUUCUCUAGUUGCCUUUUAUUUUUUUAUUUCAUGUUGACCUUGGAAAGUCUGAAUACUAUGUGCCUUGAGGAUGGUUGUCUUAUAUGGUAUCUCAAAGGAGUUCCUUGAAUUUCUUGUAUCUUUAUGUCAACCUCUCUAGCAAGAUGGGAAAAUUUUUCGUAGAUUAUAUCCUUAAGUAUGUUUUCCAAGUUGGUUACUUUUUUUCCUUCUCUCUCAGGAAUACUAAUGAGUCAUAAGUUUGACCCCUUUACGUAAUUCCGUAUUUCUCAGAAGCUUUGUUUGUUUGUAGUGAAUUCUUUUUUCUUUACUAUCUUCUGACUGGGUUGAUAAAAAGGAGUAGUCUCUGAGCUCUGAAAUACUUUCAUCUGCUUAGUCUAUUCUGUUUUUAAGACUUUCCAUUGCAUUUUGAAAGUCCUGUAGUAAAAUUUUCAAUUUUGAAAGUUGUGUUUGGUUCUUUCAAAGGAACUAGUGAGAUCCUUUUGAGGUAACGAAACUCUCUGACUUUCUGUAUUGCCAGCGUUCUUUUGCUUUCUCAUCUGAGGGAGCUGGUGCUUGUUUUCCUUUUGAAUUUUCUGUCAUUUGGAUGGGCCUUUAAAAUUUUUUUAUUUCUUUUUUUUCCUUGAGGGUUUGGCUGUGGUGUAUGUUGUGUAUAAUUAGUUGGUGUCCUUUAAGGUUGUUUUCAGAGGGCAGAGGCUCUGUCUAGGUCCCUUGGUUGUAGAUAAGUUCCUGCAGUGGAUUUCAUAGAGUGCUUCAUGUUGAAGCAAUGUAUUCUUGUUUGGUGGUGUAAUUCAGGCUGCAGUCCAAGUAGAUGGCACUUAAGAGUGCUCUGGGGAGGGAAGAUAGUGUAUGGAAGAUUAUUUUCUUUUCCUAAUUUAUUUUGGGGCCUUGGUGAUAUUCCCUUCAACUGCUGGCACUGCACCCAAUUCUUUUGCUCCAAGGAGGGCUUUGGUGGUCUGUGCUUCCCCCUUCCUUAGGGACAGUUCACACUUUUAUUUUAGGUCACCAGGAGACCCAUAUUUAUCAGGGGUCCUGCUGUUCUCCUUUGCUUGCAGAAGUAAGGAUGGGUUAUGGAAUGUGUCUGUGAGUCAUUUGGUGAUGCAGUGGCUCAAGGAUGGAACACCAGGCAGGGCAAUUGCACCAGUAUUGCACCUGCAGCCCAGGAUUUUUAGUCCAGCAGAUGGCUGUGGGGCCCACCCAGCUUGUGGUCCCCCAACUCAGCAGGUCUGUCUCCAGUGUCUUCCCUGGGAGCAGGCUGAAUUGGCUAGGCUUGUCCCAAGCCAUCUGCAUUGAAAUUGCUGAGUUCUUCCAGAUGUUCCAGGCUGCUAGGCUUCCUGGGAUGGAAACCAUGGCUGGUCAUCUGGCCACACCCUUCCCAGUUUAUUCAUGUGAACGAAGGGGAACUCAGCUCCCAUGCUGACUCAUGAUCCCAUGCCACACUCUUCUCUGUGUGCUGACAGUGUGGGCUUCUACCCCACUUAAGCUCAGACCACAUAUAUCAGCUUGAUAUUAUUAGGCAGUGUGCUGAAGACCUGGGCAGUUGGCACUGGGCCCAUGGAUUUGUCCUCUGGCCCUUUGGGGUCAAGCAUCUGUGAUAUACACAACAUCUGUGAUGUAAGUGCAUGCUGUGCUGUGGGCACCCUUCUGCAGGUGCAGCCAGGUAGGUCAUCUUGGAAGGUGCCAGCAGGCAAAGUGGUGCAUGGAUCAGAUUCACCUCAGUCGCAUGAUAGCUACAACCCUGCUCUCUCUCAGCCUGGCAGACAGCAGGAGAUGGAUCCCCUCAGUGCAAGAUGCAGAACCUUGGAGGAUGGGCACCUAUGGUCAGCUACAGCUGCACAGCACAGUGAAAACUUCAGAUUUCCACAAGAGUUUAAGCUGUGCCUCUGCCUAUUCUCCAUGUGGCUCCCCCUGCCAGUUCACAGAUGUGUAGGGAUCAUAUGAGAUUCUAUAAUGAGGAGCUCAGACUGGAUUUAGCUGGGAAAUGCCUUUCAAGGAGAAGGAACCAAAGUGAAAAUCUCAGCGGUCCAUGGCUAGACUGUGUUGCCAUGGGGUUUCUUCACAUAUCCCUUCCUUAAGACUGGUCUGGAUCUAGGAGCCAGUCCUGGUGCCCAGUGACUUUGAGCAAGCUUCCCAUCUUCCUCUUCAACCACAGUGUCUGCAUUACCUCUGAAUUAAGUUUUCUCUCAAAAGAUCUGUUUAAAAUGUGAUGUUUUACUCAACAUUUUGUUUUCUCUCCUUGGAGUGAGUGUUUCACAGCUGCAUCUACUAUAUCUUCUCAUUACCCUGAAGACUUUUUGCCAGAACAGAGCAUGAAAGAUUCAUUCCAAAAAGUGAUACUGAGAAGAUAUGGAAGCUGUGGACUUGAGGAUUUACAUUUAAGGAAAGGUUGGGAAAAUAUGGGUGAGUAUAAGGAUCAAGAAAAAAGUUAUAAUGGACUUAACCAAUGUUUGUCAACUCUACCUAGCAAAAUUUUCCCAUAUAAUAAAUGUGUGAAAGCCUUUAGUAAAUCAUCAAAUCUAAAUAGACAAAACAUAAGACAUACUACAGAGAAACUUUUCAAAUGUAUACAAUGUGGCAAAGUCUUUAAAUCUCACUCAGGCCUUUCUUAUCAUAAGAUAAUUCAUACUGAAGAGAAACUCUGCAUAUGUGAGGAAUGUGGCAAAACCUUUAAGUGGUUCUCAUACCUUACUAAACAUAAGAGAAUUCACACUGGAGAGAAACCAUACAAAUGUGAAGAAUGUGGCAAAGCUUUUAACUGGUGCUCGAGUCUUACUAAACAUAAGAGAAUCCAUACUGGUGAGAAACCCUACAAAUGUGAAGAAUGUGGAAAAGCCUUUCACUGGUGUUCGCCCUUUGUUAGACAUAAGAAAAUUCAUACUGGAGAAAAACCAUAUACAUGUGAAGAAUGUGGCAAAGCAUUUAACCGGCACUCACAUCUCACCAAACAUAAGACAAUUCACACUGGAAAGAAACCCUACAAAUGUAAAGAAUGUGGGAAAGCCUUUAACCAUUGCUCACUACUUACUGUCCAUGAGAGAACCCAUACGGGAGAGAAACCCUAUAAAUGUGAAGAAUGUGGCAAAGCUUUUAACUCAUCAUCGAUUCUUACUGAACAUAAGGUAAUUCAUAGCAGAGAGAAACCCUACAAAUGUGAAAAAUGUGACAAAGUCUUUAAGAGGUUCUCAUACCUUACGAAACACAAGAGAAUUCACACUGGAGAGAAACCCUACAAAUGUGAAGAAUGUGGCAAAGCUUUUAACUGGUCCUCAAUCCUUACUGAACAUAAGAGAAUUCACACUGGAGAGAAACCUUACAACUGUGAAGAAUGUGGAAAAGCCUUUAAUCGGUGCUCACACCUUACUAGACAUAAGAAAAUUCAUACUGCUGUCAAACGCUAUAAAUGUGAAGAAUGUGGCAAAGCUUUUAAACGGUGCUCACAUCUUAAUGAACAUAAGAGAGUUCAAAGAGGAGAGAAAUCCUGCAAGUAUAAACAAUGUGGGGAAGCUUUUAAUCACUGCUCAAACCUUACUACAUAAGAAUUUUUACUAAAGAGAAAUCCUACAAAUGCAAACAAUGUGGCAAAGUCCUUAAAUCUUGCUCAAGCCAUUGAAAUCACAAGAUAAUUCAUACUGGAGAGAAACACUACAAAUGUGAAGAAUGUGGGGAAAGUCUUCAACCAUUGCUCACACCUUAUUGCACAUAAGAAAAUUCAUACUGAGAAAAAUUCUGAUUUUAAAGAAUGUGGCAAAGCAUUUGAUAACUACUAUGAACUUACUCAUCAGAGGUUUUGUGCUAGAUAAAAGCAAUAUAAGUGUAAUGAUACACAUUACAUUGAUCUGUGGAAAGAUGUCACCAAAUAAAAGUCUUAGAGUGCACAAGGUGUAAUGAUAGGGAUACACUACAUUUGUAUGUGGAAAGACUUCAAAAAUAUAAGCCUUAGAGUACACAAGAGUUUUUAUACUGAAGAAAAACAUUACAAAUAUAAAGAUUGGUGCAAUACUUUGACUUAUGUUACAGAUUUUGUUGUACAUAGGAGAAUUUAUGCUGAAGGGUAACCCUCUAACAGUCGCUCAAAUUUUAUUCAAUUUUAGAGAAUUUAUAUUGGAAAGAAACCCUAUAAAUGUAAUGAAUAUGAAAAAAAUUGUUUCAAAAGUACACCUUAGAAAAUGCUAGAGGGUUUAUAUGAAGGCAUUUAACAGAUACAAUGAAUAUAAAAAAUUAAUCAAAAAUCAAGUCUAAAUGAACAUCAGAAAAUUCACAGUAGAAACCACUAAGACGCUAACAAUUUCAAUGUUAUUCUAAAUCAGGGUAUUGAUUAUAAAGAAUAAUUUAAAGUCAACAUAAUUUAGUUAGGCUAAACAGGAAUAGGAGAUGAACAGUUUGAGACGAUUAUAUUCAAAGUACACUGUUUUUGCAUGGAAAUAAUUUUAGAUUUUUACAAAGGCAAAUUUUGAUGUAAUUGAACUCUCAAAUUACUUGAUGCUGUGUCUUUAUUCCUAGUGUCUGUGUGAAAGCAUGUGGUCAAUUUCUGCUGCUUGGGGUUUGAGAGGUUCUAUAUUAGGAUAUCAUUUAUGUACUUUUCAACAGAAGAUUGAGGACACUGAAAUGUGAGGUGUGUGAAGAAAGUCUACACAGAGUAAAUUUUGUGGUUGACUUAUAAAACUGUUGUAAGUGCUGCAUGAGAUAGAUGUUCAGAGUAAUAGUCUUGUGCAUUAUUCAAAUUUUAGUCAAUUGUUUUACCGAUUGCACAUUAAUAUAAUAUAGUGGAUUUUGUAAUGCUUUUCUUAGACUGUGUGAACUUCAUUUGUUUUAAUAAAACAAAAUUGUCUUUAAUGUGUUAA